AGACGAUGACGGCAAAAAUACGCUGUUCUUCAGUCUCUUCAUCCAUUUCGCCGGGAAAAGCCGUUAAUCAGCUGUUAACCGUGCAGUAACCUCAGUCUGGAUAUAAUGUUGUGGCGGUCGUUAUGUUUAAUAACAACUCUUUACAGCCUAGAAUCAUCAGGUAUGUUAGCUGCAUGAUCGCUCUUAGAGGACCACACUGUUGUGAAGUGAUAUUCGCGAAGAUCGUUCGAAGUAUUGAAAGCAAACAUUGAGCGUGACUUGCUGUUUCUAGAUCCUUUAAGAAUCCUCCCCGGACUUAAAGACAAGUACUAACUUCGAAAUUAGGUAACUCAAGGUAACCAAAACACUGUGGCAGACUGGAUCUAAGUGAAGUAGGUUGUUUACCUUUCAUAGGUGUCCUGUUGGAUCAUGUUGUGUCUUGGUAUAAGGGGCUGGAGGGUUGUUUUUAAGUACAAUGCUAAAUUCGCAUUUAGUGCUUUUCAUUGACUCAUUAGCGUUUUGUCAAAACUUCCUGCUUUUCCUGCCUGAAAUAAUGGUAAAUUUUGGAUAAAUGAAUAUUAGUUUAGAAUUCAAUUGCAGUGAUAUAUUUACGGUCGCAUUCUCGGAAAACCGUGCGACAUGAUAAGAAUUUCUUUCACUGUAAGGAGAAAUCGAACUUAAUUCUUCUUCGGUCGUAUCCGAAAGUUGAACUUAUCUCUAAUGCUUUUAUUCUGCAAACGAAAAUUAGUUGUAUGCUGUAGACACUGUUCUACAUUCAUCGAUUCAUCCUGAUGGGCUUAUUCAGGCGUAGCGUAGCGUUACAAUAUAAUCUAGAUGGCGUGUUAUAAAUUCCACCUCAUUUUUGGGUUAUUCAAGAUAUAUAAGUGCGAUGUGACUUCUACUGAGUGUUAGUGGUGAUAUCUCCUGUGUAAAAUACUUCCAAUGAAAAAAUGAAACAUCAUCCAAAUGCCUGAUAGAUCAGCGCCAACGAGUAUGUUCAAUCAACAUUCAUUCGAGGCAUGAGUAUCAUCUGACUUUUCUGUUUCUUUAAUGAAAAGCAUAGACUAAUUGGUAGUUCCUAGAAAUCCUAAAAGAGCUUUCAUUGCAUGUCCCGUCUAAUUCACAGCCAUUCAUUGGCCAGCUGGAAAAUAUGGAAUACCAAAACCUGUCUCCGGGUGUCCUUCAGCCGAAGGGUUUCAGUGGAAUGAAGGAUGGAUUCUUCAGGACACCAGUUAUUAUAGAGAUCAUAAAAAAUCAAAAAAUUCAAGGUCGACGUCAUUCCAUAUUGACGGAUUUGUAAAUAAGAUGUUAGUGAACAGGUCAUUUUGUAUCAAAGAUACAACCACUGACGACGAAUAUAGACCAGCUUGGCCAGCAGGUUAGUUUCUCUUGGUACUCGAGGUCAGAAAACAAAUGAGUUACCCUAAAUCUCAUCACAAUUCACAUUAAUACCAAAUAGCCAUAGAUAUAGCUGUUUAUUGAACACACCAACUAACGUUAUGUUCUCAUAAUUUCAACGAAUGUGUAUCACUUAUCACUUAUCACAGAUGGUCUAAGUUACACUAAGUCUCAUCACUAUUCACAAUGACACCAUAUAGUCAUACACAUAACUGUUUGUUUAACACACCAAUAAACUUAAAAAAUAUGCAUCAUCAUUCUUUUAUGUCCUCAUAAUCUCAACGAAUGUGUAUCACUUAUCAUCUUAUACUUUUCUUUUAGGAAAAUACUGUAUUUAUCGAAAAGAUAACCGCUGCCCGGAAGGAUUGACACCAGGAAAUGUCUUCUGGAAUGAUGACGAUGAUUCCUUAUAUAACGGAGACAAACGAGCUGGGGCACAUCCUGAUUUUAAGUUUGUUAAUAAGGCUUACACGCUGAUCUAUUUUUGUUGCAAAACGGACGGAGACAAGAAUAACUCUGUUCUCCUGCCCUCUAAGUCUCCAUUCUUCCUGCUUGCCUACAAUUCGCCGACAUGCCAGAUGGUCAAGUGGGCAGUAGUGAGUCUGGAGUGGAUAUAUUUUUCUACAUCUAAUUUUAAUAACCAGGACAACGCAACAGGGGCGUUCCCAUACAAUGCGGGAAUUAAACACCCAACUAUGUAUUACUGUUACUAUCGGGGUAAGAAAAACAGCAUAAUCGUGUGAAAAUGUCAAGUUACUUAAAUUUUCAACAUGGCAUAAAAUACUGAAACGAUACGAAAGGUUUUUGCUAUCCUAAUUAUCAUUGGAGUUGUUAAUUUAAGUUACAUAGUACAUGAAAAUGGAUGCAGUACCAUGCGUAAAGGUGUCGUAUUGUGUCAUAAAACGAGCUAGUCCAUAUCGUGAGUCACACUGAGAAUUGAAACUCUGGAAGAAAGUUCAAAUUUGACUGUCGAAAGGUGCGUGCUUUCCACUCAUGUAAAUAAUACGGUGCAAGACUUCUAUCAUUUCUCGUGCAGGCCUCUUGUCACGACAGCAACUCAAUUAUAAGUGCGUAAUUUUUGCUUGUAGGCUGCAACAAAACUUUUAACUCCAACAAUGGCACUCUUCAAUCGCCUUUUCAUCCGGAAAAGUAUCCAAGUGGACAGUACUGCUCUUGGAGAAUAACUGUUCAUUACUCACAACGAGUUCAUCUUAAGUUCACAACCUUCCAAUUACAAAACGAGGAAGACACGGACGAGCUAUAUGUGUACGAUGGAGAAAAUGAGAGAGAUUACUUGUUGGGUGUGUUUUAUGGAGAUCAUCAUCCACCAGAGGAAGGAAUCUUCUCUACAUGGAACAGUCUUUUUUUAAUAUUCAAAUCCGACGAUAAAGACUCCUACACUGGCUUCAGUGCUUUCUACCGUGUGGUCAAUAAAAAAUGUAAGUGUUUGAGUAUUUGUACUGUUACAAAAGUUCUUGAAGUGCCAAUUUUUGUUCAUUAGUUUGAUUAAAACUUAAUUUUCUUUGAAAGUUAUAUUUCAUACUAAAGCCCUCUCGCAUGAGUGAAACAAAAUUAUAAUAAUAAUUAUAAUAAUAAUAAUGAUGAUAAAAACCCCAUUAAUUACGGUUUCUUGAGUUGUUGUGCUAUUUUCAUAUCUCUUUUGCACUUUAUGACUAUAUUAUCCGAUCCCUCCCCAGCUCCAUACACAUGUGAUCAGGAGGUGACGCCAUCAUCUAACGAUAUGACUCCUUUUAGAGGUAAGUUUUCAGUUGCUGCGGUAAAAUUAUAUAAUACUUAUAACUUAUAAGAAAUAAAAACGAUUCAUUAUUUUUUUCCAAGCUUCUAAUGCAAAAGCUAUCUUACGCAUAUGAAGGGAAACUGUUGUUUGAUUUUUCCCUCAAAUCGACAAAAGUUUCGAAGUGUGGUCAUCCUGUGUUAUAUGAACUAUUUUUAAGAGCAAGUCCUUACGAAACCAGAUAGAAUAAUACGUGUAGCAUACUUUGAUGGCAAUGAUAAAAUCAAUUUUAGAGUUGACUCAGACAUUUUCACUAAAUCAUAGACAAUUAUAGUCGUCUUCAUCCAGUGAACUGAGUUCCCUACAGCCUUUUAUUACAAAGGCAAUAGGGUUUUCAUUUCGUUUGUAACACACAUGUCAACUUGUCUUGUUUAAAACUCUAAGGAAGCGUAAGAUGAUUUCAGCAUUAUUAUACAUUUGUUGAAGCCAGACAUUAUCUAAUGCGCUACUUGUAUUAUCGCUUUAAGAGUUUAGAAUUUAAUCAGGUUAUUAGCGGCGGACACAUUCUUGAAAAACCGAGAAACAGUAUUUCUUUCAAUAGAAAAAGAAAUCGAAUCCUGAAUACGUCUUCGGUCAAAUGGUUCUACAAGUUGAAUUCAUGGCAGAUCUAUUCAUUCUAUAGACAAGAAAUUAACUGUAUGUUCUAAAAAAUGUUCUAUUUUCAUCGAAUCACAACUGGAUUGGCCUAUUCAGUGCCGUAACAAUAUAAUCUAGACAUGUUUUGGAAAACGGCGAGAUAUAAGAGAUAACACGUCCAAAUGGCUUGGUUUAUCCAAGUUGGCAGUGCGAUGUAAGUUCCGCCAAGUGUCGAUGUUAUAUGUUAAGUGUAAGAUGCCAUCAAGGUUUUAACAACGACCAAAUGCCUGAUCAACAAGCAUGCUCGGUCGCCUUUUAUUCGAGGCAAGAGCAUUCUUCAACUUUUCUUUUCCUUUAGCGACAGUGUAAGCCUUUGGGUGCUUCUUGCAAAUGUCAUAACAGCUUUUCAUGCCUGUCUUGUUUUAUUUAAGCCACUGAUUGGCCAGCUGGAAAAUAUGGAAUACCAAAACCUGUCUCCGGGUGUCCUUCAGCCGAAGGAUUUCGGUGGAAAGAAGGAUGGAUUCUUCAAGACACCACUGAUUACAGAGAUCAUGACAAAUCAAACAAUUCAAGGUCGACGCCAUUCCAUAUUGACGGAUUUGUAAAUAAGAUCUUCGUGAACAGGUCAUUUUGUAUCAAAGAUACAACCGCUGACGACGAACAUAGACCAGCUUGGCCAGCAGGUUCGUGUUUAUGAUUAUUUGGUCUCAUUUGAUUUUCAAGCUCAGAACGCGAUUAAGUUACCCUUAGUCUCAUCACUAUUCACAUUGACACCAUAUAGUCAUAGACAUAACUGUUUGUUUAACUCACCAAUAAACUUUUAAAAAUAUGUAUAUGCAUCAUCUUUCUUUUAUGUCCUCAUAAUCUCAACGAAUGUGUAUCACUUAUCAUCUUAUACUUUUCUUUUAGGAAAAUACUGUAUUUAUCGAAAAGAUGAACACUGCCCGGAAGGAUUGAUGUCAGGAAAUGUUUUCUGGAAUGAUGACGAUAAUUCCUUACAUAACAAAGACAAACAUCUUGGGGCACUUCCUGAUUUUGAGUUUUUUCAUCAUCUGUACACGCAGAUCUAUUUUUGUUGCAAAACGGACAGAGACAAGAAUAACUCUGUUCUCCUGCCCUCUAAGUCUCCAUUCUUCCUGCUUGCCUACAAUUCGUCGACAUGCCAGAUGGUCAAGUGGACAGUAGUGAGUCUAGAGUGGAUAUAUUUUUCUACAUCUAGUUCCGAUAACCAAGACAGCGCUGAUGGGGCGUUCCCAUACGAUGCAGGAAACAAGCAACUAACCAUUUAUUAUUGUUACUAUCAGGGUAAGAAAAUCAGAUUCAUUCAACAAUAAUAAAUGGGUAGGUUAAACAGUAAAUUAAAUUUGAUGUAGAAUGAGUGGUUAGUGCCACAUGACUUAAAAUGUACUCUAGGAUACCCAAAAACAUAACUUAUUCAGUUCUUAAUUUCUGAACUUGUUUUGUAUGGUAUUUGCAUAUGGGAUCUCAGUUUAAGUUGUUUCACUUUGGUUAGGUUGCAACGAAACUCUAAUGUCAAACAAUGGCACAAUAAAAUCGCCAGGUUAUCCGAAGAAAUAUGCAAAUGAACAGCACUGCUCCUGGAGGAUAAUUACACACUACCCACUUCAAGUUCAUCUAAAGUUUGCGACCUUCGAAUUACAAAAGGAGAAAAACACAGACGAGCUAUAUGUGUACGAUGGAAAAAAUGAGAGGGGGCACUUGUUGGGUGUAUUUUAUGGAAAUCAUCCUCCACCAGAGGAAGGAAUCUAUUCUUCGUGCAACAGUUUAUUUUUAAUAUUCAAAUCAGACGAUACAGAUUCCUACACCGGUUUCAGUGCUCACUAUCGUGCUGUCCCUGAUAUACGUAAGUGUUUGAAGUUUAUCAGGGUAUUCUAACCGAUGUAUGAUAGUUUGAAAGUAUACCAAUCAAUCUAAAUCGCCAUCACAACUUCCGUUUAAAAACUUUUAUUUGAUAUUUUACAUACUUGAGCUUAAUAAUUUGACUUGUUCUCUCGUAGGGGUUGAACAUCAUCUAAAAAACACAUCCGCUGUGUCUAAGUGUCUUGGAUAGUUGCAAUAUUUUUAUAUAAUUUUUAGCAGCUUUUGACCACAUUAUCCGACCGUUCUUUAGCUUCCGGUGCUACAACCGCCAUCCCAUCUCAUCAUGAAGUAAUGUCGUCACCCAAAGCAUCUUCAACCAAUUUAAAAACCCUGGAAAUGAUGUCAUCUAGCGUUGUGGCUACUUCCUUUGGAGGUAAGACCUCAAGAAUCGUGUUAACAUUGUAAUAAUGAUGAUCAUACAUAAAUAACAACAACGAUACUGAUAUUUUCUUUCCUAGCUUCUGAUGUUAUAACAAUCAAUCCACGCAUAUCUGAUCAUGAAGUGACUCCAUCACCUAAAGUGUUCUCUACCAGUUUAAAAACCCUAGAAGUGACGUCAUCUAACGUUGUGGCCACUUCCUUUGGAGGUAAGACCUCCAUCAAGAAUCGCGUUAGCAUUGUAAUAAUGAUGAUCAUACGUAAAUAAUAACAACGAUACUGGUAUUUUCCUUCCUAGCUUCUGAUUUUGUCACAAUCUAUUCAAGCGUAUUUGAUCAUGAAGUGACUCCAUCACCUGAAGUGUCCUCUACCAGUUUAAAAACCCUGGAAGUUACGUCCUCUAGCGUUGUGGCUACUUUCUUUAGAGGUAAGACCUCAAGAACUGCGUAAGUGUGGUGAUAAUGAGGAACAUAUAUAAAUGAUGACAACGAUACUGAUAUUUCCUUUUCUAGCCGUUGAUGUUAAAACCACCAAUUCAUGCACAUCUGAUUAUGAGGUGACGCUACUGCCUGGUGUAACGGCGACCUCUCCAGACGCUCAGGAAUUGACGUCAUCCAAAGUUGAAUUAACUACCCUCAAAAGUAAGUCCUCACGAAACGAGAUCGAUUAAUAAUGGUAGUAAUAUGCCACACGCUGAAAUAAGAGUGAUGUUAGAGUGAUACUCAGUGUUUGCCUUUGUGGCACCAUGCGCCAAAUAUAAGUCAAUUUUAAUUUCUCUGGACUUUCAAGUCAUUGAUAAGUGCACAUGUUGCAUAAAUUACUUGCCAUACUCUCCCACCGACGCAGCACCACAGUUUCUCUAGAAACUUACCCCUUUAUUCAUGUUGCAUACUGUGUCUGGUCGAAUUUCAUAAAUAGAGUACUAUCGGAGAAGAAUUCGCGUAAUGAAAUUUUUCAGUAGUCUCUGAGGCAUUUACCCAGUGUGAGGAAAAGAAUCUGACUCGUUAUCACCAUUUUCUGUCCUUUCCUCUGAAACUUAGCUUCCAGUGUAACAACUACUAUGUUACAUGCACCCAAAGUGAUGCCUUCGCCUACUUUGUCCUACUUUGGUUUUACUACAACUGCGCAUUCUCUUAAGAUUGCGUUUUCAUCUGCUGUUUGCUGCAAGACCUCACGAACGCCAGAAGCGACGGAUCAACCAAUCCCAGCUAUUUCUAAAGUGUUUCACUCACUGGCAAACACAACUGUAAAGACACCCUUUAGAGAACCACAGACAGCGAAAGCCACAGAGCAGAAAAAUGAAGGUUGGAUUUUUUUUUAAACAUUCAGCCCGAAUCAAAUGGAGAGUUUUCACGAAACGGAGACCUAAUACUAAAACGUCAGCAAAGCACACUUUGCUACGGCGGCUAAUCGACUUUCACAACUGUUUCACUCGCUCGUCGAUGCAGCACACGUUCAUUAAUUUUUUGAACCUCUGACAUUUCUGUUUUCUCUUGAUUACUUCCCUAGAUGGACAUGCACAUACAAACGCAAUAACUGAUCGUUUUCCAUUAUAUCAUCUGCUGUGAUUUAAGUCAGCAUUAUCGGUAAUAAUCCUUUUUCUAUUUUGCCCACAGAUGUUAACGUGGUGGCAGUGGUCGUUCCCAUAGUAUCCACUAUUGGUUUAGCAAGCUUGCUGAUAGGAGCAUUUUUUUGCUGGAAGAGGUAAGAGCUAUGAUAGUGCAGUUAUCAUUCGUUCUUGCUUUGUCUGAAUUGAGAACCAAUUUUUUUGGUGCACAAAUAAUAAAUGCACAAAUAAUAAAUAAGCCCAUAGAUGCAGACAUAACAAUAACUGGAGACAAGAAAGAAGAAUUUAUCAUAACGAACAAAAACUUAUCGUGAAAAAAAUAGUAAUGUAAAACUUUUUUUCAUUUUCUUGAUUUGUUUAAUGUUUUGAUUUCUUUUUUGCGAAGGAAGAGAAGGAGAGAUAAUGGAGUAUUAGACGAUUCGGUUUAUUUGAGGUACGGAUAUGAAAAUUAUAUUAUUGAUUAGCGACAAAUUCAACACGGUUUUUUUCGUGAGUUUUUUGGGUAAAGUUCAACUUAGCUAGAUUGCAACUUGGGUUGAAAGCAUAGUGAACAUGGCCUAGUCUUGUUUCCUUAAGGGAUUGGACUAGUGGCGAUGGAGUGAAAUCUAAGAAUUCUUUGGCCCGGAAAUCUACAUCAAGCAGUCAAGGCUUGAUCAAGCCCUAGAUGACAAAAGUCACAACAGUUUUGUUCUUGGGCGGAGACACGUAGUUUUCACAGUAUUCCUUUUCAGAACAAGGUAACAAAAUAAUGAGGGGUAUCAAGGAUCGAGAAGAACCAUGUUGAUAGAAACACUCCUAUAUACAGUUUUGUGCUUGGGAAUACUUGAAAGAGCUCAAGGCAUCCAGGUAGCCAUGGCAACACAAGGAGAAGCACACCUUUCUAUUUUUCAAGACCUGGGAGACCAAUUUUUCCAUUGUUCCCUUUUUUUCAGAAUGGAAAGCGAAUCAGUGCCAUUUGUUCAAAUUACGGAGUUAUGAUAGAUGGUGAGACUUACGAAACCUUAGAAUACUUAUUAACAUCUUUAAAUACACACAUUAGAAUCGCCAUGUCGAAAGCUAACUGUUAUUUCCACCUAAGAGUUCCUUGAGGUGAUGUGUAAUACUUAACAAGCGCAUUCGGUAAUAGAGUCCGGAUUCAACAGCUGUAUUUAAUGUGCUUGUCGUUUCAUUUAAUCAUCCGACCGUUUUCCAGCCUGAAAACAAAGCUGUUGCAACCAAUUACAAAAAUCAGUGAAUUGGCAUGUCGUUUAUCAUAUCUUAUACCCAGAUCCUACUGUAUUACUGAAAUGUAGGGACCUUACAACUGCUUUGCCGUGGAAAGUCUGGGUACAAGACUACUCCUUUAGUGCACUGCAGUUUAAGAGCGACAGGUAAUAAUCUAGCUGUUACUCCAAAAUUUCAUAAGAUUUAGGGGAAAUCAAAUCAUAUUGAUUGAUAAUCAUUUUUUAUCCUAUUUUCAGACCCCUUAAAAGGGAAAACACGAAAGAGUGACAACUGAGUCAUUUAAAACAUUUACCACACUCAUGAUUCAGAGGAACGAAGUCAGAGAUUAAUAAGGGGCAUCAUCUCCUACAGAAGUAAAUUAAUUUCAGGAUCAAUUUACAAACUUAGCAAUUUCGUACCACUCUUACCUCAUGAAAACUGAAAGUUGGGUAAAAACCUGCCAUACUGGCAGUUUUCUGAUCCAUUGAUAGAAAUAUUAAAGGUGACUGCACCACUCAAAACUCCAACAAAGUAGCCAGCUAAGAAUGCUUACUUGGGGGUGCUAUAAUGAAAAUUGAAAUAACAAACAUGAAAUGAUUUUUACGUGUAUCCACGACGAUUAAUGUAAUAAUAAACCAUCGCCGGUAGAGUAUAAAGGGGCACUGUGAAAAGUUAUCUCCAAAUUAACUGCCAUUAAGAGGGGGGGGAAGUCAUAAGAAUUUUACAGAGCUUUUAGGGUGGAAUAGGCGAAUUUUAUCGUGACACAACUAAAAUUCUCCCACCCCACCCCACCCCUCAGGCUAUAAAUCAUCAGCGGUCCUUAAGUUGUUAUAGUUUGUUCUUCUGUUUGGAAUAACUACUGUACAAUGUGAUAAAGUUUGAUGAAAAUAGCUCAACCUUUAGCGUUCGAAAUACUAUAUUAUUGGUUUUUAUUGCUUUGUGCUUUAUUUAAUUCCAAACAAUAAUUUUGUAAUGGUGGCCUUUAUUCUGCUAAUUAAGUUGUAUUAACUCAGUACCUGUUUUGUCAAACAGGCAAUAAAUUGACAAUGACUCAGACUGCAC